UUUUUUAUUAUUAUUGAAUAAACUAAAUCAUAGAACAGAUAGCUUGAGACAACUAAACUAACUGGUAAUCAAUAAUUUAAAAAAAAAAUAAAACGAUAUGAAAUCUUCAAUAGGGUUAGUAAUUCAAUUAUCAUUAGUAUUAUUACUAUUGGUAUUGAAUUUGUCUAAUCAGUCACUAAUCGAUAAUGGUUUACCAAAUUUGCCACAGAUCCAGGCACCGGUAUCACUACCCGUUGUUGUCAAUCAACCUAAUAUACCGGCUGAAUGGGAUUGGAGAAAGUAUGGUAUAGUAACACCAGCUAGAAAUCAGGGAGCGUGUGGUUCGGGUUGGAGUUUGUCAUCAGCCGAAGCACUCGAAAGUCAUCUAAUGAAGGUUCAGAUCGCUGAGGGAAAGUUUGAUCCGAAAAAACAAUUGUCAUUAAGUGAACAAAAUCUGAUCGACUGUUCCCGUCAUUACGGAACGGAAGGUUGCAAUGGAGGUUCUUCUAGAGAUGCCUUUAAAUACGUAAAUCAAACUAAAGGACUCAAUACUAACGAUGACUAUCCAUAUACUGGAAAAGACGACAGUUGUCACUAUAAUAAAGAAAAACGUGUCGAUAUCGACAUCAAAGAAAUCAAACGCAUAACUACAGGGUCUGAUCAGGAAUUGGUGUCAGCUAUCUAUACAUACGGACCGGUCACUGUUGCCGUUCAUUUGACCAAUAAAUUUCUCAAUUAUAGUUCCGGUAUUUUAGAUGACAUCACAUGUAAUGCCGAACAGAUUAGCGGUUUAUUGCUUGCCGUUGGUUAUACUCCCGAGUAUUUUAUACUCAAAAACAAUUGGGGCACAAAAUGGGGUGAAAAUGGUUUUGUAAGACUGUCCCGUUCAAAGGUCAACAAUUGUGGUGUCAGCGAACAGGCCUACUAUCCAGUGCUGGCCAAUGAUGUCGGAACCGAUAAAAUCAGAGACAAACUAAAAGAAGUCAAAUAAAUUUAAUUUGAAUAUAUUAUAACAUAUUACUGUAAAUUAUAUAUAUAUUUGUACUGUAUUAUUAUAAUUA